AUGAACUGGGUAAGCUCUUCGCUGGAGCUCGCGGGCUCGCUGCUGGAGUCCGUGGACCAGCAAGCCGCGCUCACCCUCGCCGGGAAGGAGGAGGUCGAGGAGGAAGACGCGGGACUGUUGUCGACUGCGCGCGACGGGGCAUCGAGUAGCAGCUCCAGCCAAGCGAAGACUGCUGUUAACAACUAUCCGAAAAGCACGCCACCACUGUCGGGGUCGGGGAACAAGCUCGCGGGCUUCGUGACCGCCAUCUCCACGCAGCUGGAGAAUGUGUCGACGGGCAGGGGCGGGGACCCGCCGCUAAGCAGCAAUGGGUCGCAGUCCGCCUCCACAGAGGAAGAGUGCUCUCGACUGCAGAAGGAGCUGGCCCGCGUGAAGAACGAGCUGCGGUUAAAGGAGAAGCAGCUGAGCAGUACGCAGAAGAGCAUGCAGAUCUGCGAGGAAGAACUGGUCGCACUGGAGCAGGAGUGCAAGGAGAAGAUCGCACAAGUGCAGCAUGAGAUGUCAGUCGUACAACAAGACAAGAACUCAGAUGAACAGAACUUCAUCCAAGCGCUGGAAAUGAAAGACAACCAGGCGCGUGCUAUGAAAGCCGAUCUAGACGCGCUAACCGAGGCAAGAGCGCAGUACACGGCGGAAAUCGCUUCGCUGAAGGCUGAACUGGCGAAGGCCGUCGAGUCGAAAGACACGCUGUGGACCUCCGCUGCGUCAGCUAGCAACGAGUCGGAGCAGCUGAUCGAGUCGCUCCGCUCCGAGCUGCAAGAUACGCUGACGGCAAUGAACAACUUGAAGCGCGAAUACGCUGAGUCGAAGAACACGAUGUUUUCUCGCCAGUCGCAGCUAGAGAGCACGAACACGGAGCUUGUGAACAACGUGGCCAAUCUGGAGCGAGAACUCGCGAAGGCGAAGGAGGCGGCGUCGGCUGCCUCUCAAGCAGCGUCUGCUGGAGGGCCAAAUGCCCAUGCCAUCUCAGGGCCAGCGCAUUUUGGUACGAAUACCAAUUUUGCGUCCAUGAACGACGACUACAGGCGGGUGCAACAGACACUGGUGCUUACGAAGAAGUCACUGCACGACGAGUCAAGGAAGAACGAGGUUCAGAAACAAGAGAUCAUUGCCUUGACAGAAGAAGUACGUCGGCUGAAGGAAUCACUCGAGGUAGCACAGGCGAAUUCUUCACAACAACUGGAGACCACGACUCGGGAGAAUGAGCAGCUGAAAGAACAGGUGAAGCAGCUAACGUCUCACACCAGCGCGGCGGCGGCCGCUAACGGCGAGCUGCGCAUCCAGCGUCUGACCAACCGGCUGAUCGAGAAGCAGGAGACGAUCGACUCUUUGCGUAGCCGCGUGACGACAAUGGACGUUCGUCUACAGGACGUGCAGCUGCGGGCCCAGCGCGCCGAGGAGAAGCUGUCUAGGAUGGAGCAAAACGGCGGCAUUGACGACGUGGAAAUGGCGACCCCCGUCGGAAAGUUCGGGCGGAACGGCAUGCGGUCGCGGCCGAACCGCAUGGCUCACAUGAUCUCACGCGUGGCCCCCGUGGUCGAGCGCAGCCAUCGUGUCGUGACGGCUCUGGACGUGCUGGACCGCUGGCUGCUCUUCCUCGGGCGAGUGUUCGUGCAAGCCCCGUUCGCGCGCCUCGGCAUGUUGUGCUACGUGGUGCUGAUCCAUUUCUGGGUCUUCAUGAUCCUGAGCUUCCACACGAGCCACCUGACCGAGGAGAUGCAGCUCUCCACUGCUGCCGAGAACGCCGUCAUCGAGCCGGGGGAGGACAUGAUCCCAGGAGGAGGAGGACACUAA